AUGAUUCCCUUUGAGGCUUUGAUGCCGUAUGCCGUCAUCGUUACGAUGAUUGGAGUUGCUAGUGGAGGCAUGGCCUUGGGCAACACAUGGCGGCACGAAGGAAAGAAGAUGCGUGUUCACCGUGAUCACUGGGACAAGAUGAUGAUGGAGCGCGACAUGCGUCUUACGGGCAAAUUCCGCGCUCAGUCGAUCGACCCCAUCGCGCCCCCCGAGUUUGCUACUUCGAGCACGUGGAAGGCCACCAAACCGUGGGAUAGAUAA